CACAGGUUUCUGGAGAGACUGUCCCAGCUGGUUGGAAUUACAAGCUUGCUUUAAUUUAUUUUAAAUUGGAGUUGGGGGUCUUUCCGUGGUGGUUAAACGAUGGCUGGACCAAACCCAGGGGGCCCUUCAGAACCCUGAAGCCCUCUUACUCCACCCCCAGGAGACCUUGGCAGCCCUCCCUGGGCACACCCCUGAGCCUCCAGCCCCAGGGCAGAGCAGCCCAAGCCAAGGUCACAGCCUAGGUCUGCAGCCUGCAACUUGGAGAGUGGAGUGUGUCCUUGGGGGACCUGGGAGGAGGCUGGUGGCUCAGGAGCCUCUGCUGCCAUGGACAAGAUGAGAAGAGAGUUCGCUGUCCUGGAAGAGUUGGAAAGAAAGGUCGCUGCCCUGGAUGACAUGGCUGCCAGGGAUCCAGAGAUCGCUGCCAUGAAUGAGAUUGAAAAAAUCCACUUUAUGAUGGGCACAUCAGCAUCGAGGGGGACUACUUUGAUCCUCAGCAAGGAGCAGAGGGAGUUGCUGGACAAGUACGUCAGGAAGCACCCCUUUCCAACCCACAGUACCCUGAUGGCCCUGGCCUCCCGCCUCGGCCUAGGGGAGCAACAUCUUCCACUCCUGCAGGGAUGGUUUCGUAUGCGAAAUUCAUAUGCUCCAAGCCUCCCCCCACCCUCGUGCUCAUCCAGCACCCCCUCAGUCUGGGUAGGCGCAUCCUGGUCCACAUACUUUCUUAUAUGCCCAUCCUGCAAACGUGACCACUUCCGAAGACCUGAAGAAUUCUCCCUUCUGUCUGAGGCCCGUAGGAACCUCCAGGGUGAUGCCCAGGAGAGUUCCUGGCCCCGAGAUGAAGAGGAACUAGAAGAAGCCUUGAAGAGACUCUCCACUGCAGAGCCUGAGGAAGGUGACCUUGAAGACACAGAUGAAUUAGAUCCAGGAGAUUUCUGAGUGGAUGGGGGUCCUGCACCUGCCCCAUUCCACAGGUCCCACACCUGCCCCAUUCCACAGGUCCCACAGGUCCUCUCUCUGGCUACUACUCAUCACCUGUCAUUUGAGUCACCUGGGAGUGUCUGGGUCUCCAACUAGGAGUGGAAUGGGUGUUCCUGGGUGCACUUCCUUCUCCUUUGCAAAGUAGUAAAACUUUUUUUCUCAAAACUGGGUCCUCAUUAUUAGAUUAGCAUUGGAGACAAAGACUAAACUCUCAGUAAUAUAAGCACUGAGUGAACGCAUAUAUAUAGUAUUCAUUUUUUUUUUUGAAAAUAGGAGUGAUAGUGCUGUUUAUGGCAAAAGGUUUC